UGUACGAGACCUAGUCCGUUCUCGUGCGAGUAAAGAUUGGUUUUGCUGUAUUUGUUAUGUGUGUUAUACCGUGGUGUCUCUCCGGUGCCGUCCGUCCGCCCGUUCCCCAAUGGUAGAUAUACUGCAGCAGCAGCUCCUGCACCACGCGCUCACAUUUUGUUCCCCGCGCACCUCUUCAGCAACCACUCUGGCAGUGGACAGAAAAUUAUUGUACGACGGUCUCCGCACCACAUCGAGUGUGUAGGUUUCAUUGGCUAGAGAGAGACUUCGAUUCCUUCGUUGUCACCGUCGGUCGUCGUCGCGGGGUCACAGACACGGGUUACGCGUUUUCGGGAGGUCCGCUAUUACGUGUCGGUUCCUUAGUUCCGUCCACUGUGGAAUUCAUGGGUUGUUUGUCCCGCACGGAACGUACUUGAAUCGCCGCAGUGCAGCAGUGAAAGCGAGCACAGCAGCCCCAGUGGAAAAUUUUCGGGCCGUCUUCUUUUGCAUCAUCAGCAGAAAACAGUCGCGAAAAGAAAGAAGCAUAGGCAAGACACGGCCUUUCCAUUCGAAUGCAUUCGACGUCGUAAUUGCGGAGUGUUUAUGGUUCGGAACCUAAAGGGGAAGAAAGGCAAAUAUUGGAGGUGCGGCUCCAAUAGGAAAAAUAGUGAGCUUGAAGUGCGAAUCCAGGCCCAAGAAGUGACGGUGAAUUAUUCAACGAGAGUCUGGUGGAAGAAAAGAAGCAGCUGCUGAAGAAGAUGUGAAAGAUUUGUCCCAGAAAAAAAAAAACUUGACGAAAAAGACAGUCAAGCAGAACCGGAGGAAAGUAAAAGAAAGCAAGCAUUCAUAAAUAAUCGUGUCGGGAAGGAUUGCGUUUAAAGAGACGAGGCAGCCGAAUACGACGGGACAAGUUUCUUUUUGCGGAGGAAUUAAAUUUUCAUCAAAACAUCAACCCCAACAACGAGGGAGAGCAGCCGAGAAGCCAGUCAGUCAACAAGCCAGCUCUCGCCGCCGCCCUGUCUUCUGUCUGGUGCACGAUGACUUGACUUGUUGAUCCCCAGCAGUCCUGCCCUGCCCUGCCCAACUGGUGCAAUUCGAAAAAAAAAAAAAUAUAUCUAGCCAAUUAAUGUCAUCAAUGUCGCCGUGCCUGUGUAUUGAAGUGAAUUGAGAGCUUGUGAGAACUGCUUCGCUCCAGCUGCUAGGCAACCUCGGCAGCAACAUCCGCAACGGGCAAAGAACAAUUGAGCUUACUGUUCUGUUCGGCCACACCCACCGACCGACAGAGAACAACCGCAUCAACAGACUGAUAGAUACCUACUUGUAUGUACCACCUCACUGUCUCCAUGAGUAGGAAGAGAUGUUUCGACGACAGACAUAUUUCCAGCGAAACUCCCAGCAGCGCAACCUCCGGACGACCAUAUUGACCAACUUCAUCAAGAAGAUGGCCUUCACCGGAUCCCUGAGGAAAACUCUGUUCGGUUUACUGCUGGUGAUGGUAUUCCUAGUGAUGUUCCUGUUCUGGAACGAGAACCAGAGCUCUCUGAAACCGGCGGGAUCUGCGAUGCUUUUCGCUGGGAUCUUCCAUCGGGAUGGCGUUGGCGGAGGUGACGGGGCUGGAGGACUCGGUAGAUUGCCCCCACCGAAGGUGAAUUCACCGGAGAAGUCCUGGACGUACAAAUGCGUUAACAAUCGGUGCGUUCGGCAGCACUACAUCGACUCGAACGAUCCGGAGAGUACAUUCGGUGGCAGCACGGUUGGAAAGCGGGUUCCGUUUCUGACUUGCACGAUGACCUGUGGGCCAAUCAACAUUUGGCCGCAACCGACGGGGAAGGCUUCGAUUGGAAGUAAGGCUUCCCGGUUCCACUUGUCGGAUGUUCAUUUGAGCGUGAAGACCGGGUUCAAACCCGUAGAGGACCUGCUACGGGACUCUUUCCGAGUGUUUAAGGAAGAACUGCGAGGGGUUCUGGUGGCACAUGGGGCCGGUUCGGAUGAGGGAGAAAGUUCUACCGUGACCGAAAGUGGGGAUGGCGCUCGGGGGAAGGACCAUCAACAAGAUGUUGGAAAGUCGGAAGGUUCAGCAGCGAAGAUUCGCUUCUACAAAGUGGUGGAUGAUAAUCGGUACGAUGUGGAUCGAUUUGAUGUGCGGAUACAUGUACUUCAAUCACCGGACGUUCAUCUGACGAUGCACACUGACGAGAGCUACAACAUGUCGGUGGGACACAUGGCACGUUCCCUGGUAGUGAAAGUUUUCACCAACAGUUUCUUUGGGGCCAAGCAUGCCCUUACCACGCUGCAACAGUUGAUUUGGUUCGACGACGAGGACCGCAUACUUAAAGUUCUCAACAAAGCCUUAAUUGAAGAUGUGCCAAGAUUUAAUUUCCGUGGCCUUAUGCUAGACACAUCGAGACACUAUUUCUCGGUAGAAUCGAUAAAACGAACCCUGGUGGGGAUGUCUCAUUCCAAGCUGAAUCGGUUCCAUUGGCACAUAACGGAUUCGCAGAGUUUCCCGCUGGUGUCCAAGCACUACCCGCAGUUGGCACAAUACGGAGCCUAUUCGGACCGCGAAAUCUACACGACGGACGACGUUCGGGAAAUUGUACAGUUUGCGAAAGUGCGAGGUAUUCAGGUGAUCCCGGAGAUUGACGCACCGGCACACGCCGGGAAUGGUUGGGACUGGGGUCCGAAGCAUAAUCUCGGAGAUUUGAGUCUGUGUAUCAACCAGCAGCCUUGGAGCUACUACUGCGGGGAGCCUCCCUGUGGCCAGUUGAAUCCGAAGAACAACAACACCUACCUGAUCCUGCAAAAGCUGUACGAGGAACUGCUCGAACUGACGGGUCCGCUGGACUACUUCCAUCUGGGGGGUGACGAAGUCAAUCUGGAAUGUUGGCAGCAGCACUUUAACGAAUCGGAUAUGCGUACGCUAUGGUGUGAUUUCAUGCAGCAAGCAUAUCAUCGACUCCAGAUUGCCAACAAGGGCGUGGCACCCAAAAUGGCUGCCGUGUGGUCCAGCGGAUUGACCAACUAUCCGUGCCUUUCCAAGAAUUCCUUUGCUGUGCAGGUGUGGGGCGGCAGCAAGUGGCAGGAGAACUAUCAACUCAUCAGCGCUGGGUUCAAUCUGGUGAUUUCGCAUGUGGACGCAUGGUAUCUGGAUUGCGGGUUCGGCAGUUGGCGGUCUACCGCUGAAGGUGCUUGCUCCCCGUACCGCAACUGGCAGACCGUCUACAAACACCGCCCCUGGGACGAGAUGAAGCUCACCUCGUUGCAGAUGCGUCAGAUUCUCGGUGGCGAAGCGUGCCUCUGGACGGAACAGGUGGACGAAUCAACUCUGGACUCCCGUCUCUGGCCCCGGGCAUCGGCCCUGGCCGAACGGUUGUGGACCGACCCGGUGGAGGAAAUCUACAGCGAGUCCGUUCCCAAGGACACCUUUAAUCGCAUGUCCGUCUUCCGGAAUCAUCUGCUGGAGCUGGGCCUCCGAGCGGAACCGAUCUUCCCCAAGUACUGUGCCCAGAAUCAGGACGAGUGUGUAUGAUAUUUCAUGAGCCCGUUCUACUAAGGACAGCGAAAGGUACUUGAUGCGCUCGAAGAAUGAUGUUGUUGCUAGGUUUUCGUAAGGAUUGUAAAUAUUUGUACAACCGUGUAGGAUAGUAUUGCAGAACCAGAACAAACCACUUAAUUAAGGUUUCAAACAAAAGCGAGAUUACCAUUCGUACAGGUAUGAGGGUCACAGUGCAAGCAAAAAUGUGAACUAGAGAAAGUGAGACAAACACACAUACUGAUGGUUGUAUACUGAGAUAAAAAAACAAACAAACAAACAAAGAUAGACAAAACUGAUACAUUGUAGUUCUUGAAAAUAGUUGAAGUACGACAUAUAUUUUUAAGAAAGGAAAUUAUAUUUUAAAACUACACACACACACACACACACACACAUACAAGCAAACACACAUACACACACAAACACCUGCAUUGCCUGAGAUCAUUAGCAGUAGACGGUGAUACAUUGAUUAUCCACUAUUCACGAUUUAGCGUUAAACCGAGCAGCAGGGUAUUAUCAUGAGGAAUGCUACAUGGCAGUACUUACUAGUAGCUCUUGUUUUUAAGUUUUUCCGCGUUGUGCUUUGCGAAUGUGCGCAACUUUUUAUGAAAUGUUUGUGUUUUGUUUUUAGGAUCUCGUUUCCAGAUUUAUUCGGAAACGAAAGGCGGUGAGUUAUUAUCUAAUAAUAGGUAGAGCAAUUAUUUGAAUUUUGAACUGUGUGUAGCGUAGCAUAACGACAGGAUUAGGUUGCGUUUUUGUGUUUGUGCGAUUUGAAAUUAAGAAAAAAAAAGAGGAAAUGCGAUAAGUAUAUUGUUUUCCAAAGCGAUCGGAUUUAUAGGCGAAAAUGACUAGCGGCAUUUAGUUGAACUUGUGCGUAUGAGUUAGGUUUGAUUAUCAUCCAAUGUGCAUUAUACUCGAGCGGAUAUCUGAUUGUUUUGUAUGCUCUCUGUCUCUCUGUUAGGCAACACAUUAGAAAAAAAAUAGUAAAUUAAUUAUUUGCAUAAUGA